AAGACACGAUUUUGAUUAUAACACCACAAAAAAAACUUUUAUUAUAACACCACAAAAAAAAAAUGAUUUUACCACCAGAUAACAAAUUCUUUGAUGGAAUUCGUUAGUGGGUCCACAACAGACACGUUCAAUAGCUUAUUGGUUAAAAAAAUAAAUUAAUUAAAAAAAUAAUUAAAUAAAAACUUAAAAACCCUUAACCCUAACCCAGCCAGCUCCACCACCGGCACCACCCGCUUUAACCGUCGACAACCUUACCUAAGCUGCCGACACCCCACCAAAACCGGUGAAACCAGCCCAUACUCCCUUCCCCCUCCCCGAAAACCACCCCAGCUCGAUCCGCCUAGCCUCACAAAUCCACGAAUUCGCACCCUUUCGAACCCCCGCAACCACCACCUACCAUGAAUUUGUUCGCACGGAGCAAUCCCCGUAACCACCUCCGCCACAUCAUACAACCAAUUCAGACCCUUCGAACCACCGCAAAUGCCAAUUCGCACUGAUCUAGUGGAUUGUGGUUGGUAUUUGUGGUAGUUUUGGGGUUCGAAUUGGUUGUGAUUUGCGGUGGUUAGCAACCCACAAAUCAUCAAUUACUGCCUCGAUUAAGGGGGGAAGGGGUGAUUUUCGGGGAGGGGGAAGGGGGUUAGGGGUAGUUAGCUGGUUUCGCCGGAUUUGGUGGGGGAAGGGAGUGUCGGCGCCUGGGCAGGUAGUGCCGGCAGGUGGCAGCUGGGCUGAAUUAAGGUUUUGUUUUUUUUUUAAUUGAAUUUUUUUUAAACCAAUACAUGUAUGACACGUGUCUUUUAUAGGCCCCACUAAUGAUUUCUAUCCAAGAAUGCGUUAGUGAAAUUAAAUUUUUGGUUUUUUUUGGUGUUAUAAUAAUUUUUUUUUUUUUUUUUGUGGAUUUAUUAUCAAAAUCAUGUAUUUUUUUCUAUGUUAAUUUCUAAUUUAGCCUUAGAAAUAUAGAAUUUUACAGGAUAAUUAUUCCCCGGAGCUUUUUCACGUUUUACGCUGCCUCGCUGCACCACUCCCACUCUAUCUCUUUCAUUGAAGCAUACUCUCAACUCUCCAUUGAAGCUUGUUCUGAGCUUUCUCUCUUCCAUUGAAGCACUUUCUGAGGAUUUUGUUGAUAAAAUUGUUUAAUGUUGGGACUAAUGUGUGAAAAUGGAGUUUUCCUCCCUGGAACUAAGGCGGCUGCCCCUCCUGCUCUGAGUCCGGGUCGGGGUUGGGCUUCUACUUCAUCUGUUACUUUCAAAUUAGAUAACAGCAAGAAACUCCCUUUAGUCUCUUGCAAAGCUUCCAUUGAUGCUCCUAAUUCUUCAAUCCAGAGUGAGAAUAGGGCUUUGGUUGUACAAGGUGUGUCUGAAAAGAUUGUGGGUGUUUUGGGAGGUGGGCAGCUCGGUCGCAUGUUAUGCCAAGCUGCAUCGGAAAUGGCUAUCAAAGUAGCUAUUUUGGACCCCUCUGAGAACUGCCCAGCUUCUUCUUUCUCACAUUAUCAUAUGGUUGGUAGCUUUGAUGACAGUACCACAGUUGAGGAAUUUGCAAAGAGGUUGGAAUUUCAAUGUGGAGUUUUGACAAUGGAGAUUGAGCAUGUUGAUGUUGCCACACUUGACAAGCUUGAACAACAAGGAGUUGAUUGCCAACCCAAAGCCUCUACCAUUAGGAUAAUCCAGGAUAAAUACCUUCAGAAGCUACAUUUUUCUCGACAUGGGAUCCCUUUGCCUGAGUUUAUGGAGAUAGAUAAUGAUGAAAGUGCAAGGAGUGCUGGAAAGCUAUUUGGUUAUCCUCUUAUGAUCAAGAGUAAAAGGCUUGCCUACGAUGGACGUGGUAAUGCUGUUGCUAAGUGUGAAGAAGAUCUCACUUCUGCAGUCAGUGCUCUUGGGGGAUAUGAGCGAGGCCUGUAUGUCGAGAAAUGGGCUCCAUUUAUAAAGGAAUUGGCAGUCAUUGUUGCAAGAGGAAGAGACAAUUCUGUCUUGUGCUAUCCUGUUGUUGAAACUAUACACAAGGAGAAUAUUUGUCACAUUGUUAAGGCUCCAGCUGCUGUACCAUGGAAAGUAAGAAAACUAGCCACUGAUGUUGCACAUAAAGCUGUGAGUUCUUUGGAAGGUGCAGGAGUCUUUGCAGUAGAAUUGUUCUUGACGGAGGCUGGAGAGAUUUUGCUUAAUGAAGUAGCUCCCAGACCGCAUAAUAGUGGACAUCAUACUAUUGAAUCAUGUUAUACCUCUCAAUAUGAGCAGCAUUUGCGAGCGGUUAUUGGUCUUCCACUCGGCGAUCCAUCUAUGAAGACACCAGCUGCAAUCAUGUAUAACAUACUAGGAGAAGAUGAGGGGGAACCAGGUUUCCGUAUAGCUCAUGAACUCAUGACAAGAGCUCUAGCUUUGCCAGGGGCGUCUGUUCAUUGGUAUGACAAAUCAGCAAUGAAAAGGCAACGCAAAAUGGGUCACAUCACUAUUGUUGGCUCUUCUAUGGGCAUUGUGGAGGGACAUCUGAAAUCCUUGUUGAAAGAAGACAACCCAGAUGUCUCAGCUCGAGUUGGAAUCAUUAUGGGAUCCGAUUCAGACCUUCCUGUCAUGAAAGAUGCCUCCCGGAUCUUAAAUAUGUUUGGAGUGGCACAUGAGGUCAGAAUUGUUUCUGCACAUAGGACUCCAGAUAUGAUGUUUUCAUAUGCUACAUCUGCUUGGGAACGAGGUAUCCAAGUUAUCAUUGCUGGUGCUGGUGGUGCAGCUCAUUUGCCAGGAAUGGUUGCAGCACUUACUCCAGUACCAGUAAUUGGUGUCCCUGUGCGUGGCUCCUCGCUGGAUGGAAUGGACUCACUCUUAUCAAUUGUCCAGAUGCCUAGAGGGGUUCCUGUUGCAACAGUUGCAAUAAAUAAUGCUACAAAUGCUGGGCUUCUCGCAGUAAGGAUGCUGGGUGUUGCUGAUUCGGAUUUGACCUCUAGAAUGGCCCAGUAUCUUGAAGAUGCUAAAAAUGAUGUGUUGGUAAAGGCUGAAAGGCUACACAAAGAUGGGUGGGAAGCUUAUUUGAGCAAAUGAGAUUUGUUCUCUCAUUGUGAAAGGGGGAAAAAUUGUUGCACAUCAAUAAACUACAUCCCCAAAGAACAUGGUAUGAACAUAGAUGUGUGAUUCUUUUGUGGCGAGGAGCAGGCUUGGAAGCCACCACAAGCAGCCCAUACCAAGCUACAAAAAUUGAAGGAUGAGAAUGCGUAUGAUGAUGCCCUAGCCAUCACUCAUGUGUCGGAAAACUUCAGAAACUCUUAAAUCAUGAGAUGGACACUGAAGAGAUGUUUUAGAGGUAUAUUGCAUUAUACAAAGUCAUCCUGUAGUUUGGAAUAAUCCACAGGUACCCUUGGUCCAAUGCUCAUGUAGAAGAAGGUAGGGACAAAGGGGGUACCCCAUGAAAAAGCUAAAUACUAUUUUCUAUCUUCUGUAUCUUAUUUUCCAAAUUGCGAAUCAAGGGUAAGCGUAAAAUGUACAAUUUUGGCCUGUAAUAAUCAUUAGUUGGCCCCUAACAUUGUUUGUUUCUGACUAAAGGUGUGUUGGUAUAAAAAAGAAAAAGUGCUUUGUAAUAAAAAUGAAAAAGCUUAGAAGCCCCAAGAUGCCUAAAAAACCCCGUAAGGGCAAUAAUGGAUCUGGCUGGUAAUACAUUACUCCAUCCGUUUUCUAAUAAUUGUCGCACUUAAUUUUUUGCUACAUACUUGUGGUUCCA